AUGACCACAUUUGCUCGCCCGUCAUUGCUUGAUAAUCGGUAUUCAGAUAUUGCCGAGACUAGUGUAUUCACCUACGAUGAUGAUGAUCUUGUCAAUUAUGCUGAUUUUCUGCGAAAACAUGGACGUUAUAUGACAAAAGGUGGUUAUGUUGAUUCAUCCCGACGCGUCCGUUCACUCCAUCGACAACAAGACGAUUCAAUUUUAUCUCAACAUCCAACGGCACCAUCGAGAGGUGGUUUACUUGCGGCUAUUAAUAAAUCGCAGAUAUCAUCAGCAUCAGCACCUCCGAUAACAACACAAAAAAAAGUCAAGCAACCUACUGGAAAUGAAUUACCUUCGGUUAUAGCUAUUUCGAAAAGUCUCGAAAAUAAAAAGAAAGAAUAUGAUAAACAAAUGAGACUUAUCGAGGAACAAAUGAUUAAAUCUAAACAAACUGAACGUGAAGGAAAACGUGUAGAAGGUGAUGUUAAAAAGGAGCAACGCCAUUUGCAUCAUACACUAAAAGAACUCGAUAUUGAUGCAACGAAGAAGCAUUUUGAAGCUGAAAAAAGUCUGUCGAAAAACCUUGAAGAAAAGGAUAGAAUUGAAAGAGAUUUUGCUAAAAAAAAGGAGCAGUAUAGUGAAACACCUUCUCAAAAAUCGUCAAAUUUCUUUCCGAAUAUAAACGAGUCAACACAACUUGGUGAAUGUCUUGUCAAAAGUGAUUUCAAUCGGCAAACAAAACUACGAACGGACCAUACGAUUAUUGCAUUGCAAACUAGUAAAGAGAAAGAUCGUCAUAAUAUAAUUGUUUGUAAUGAUCUUGCACGAAAAUAUCGAACAAAGGCAAGUGAACUGGAAAGUAAACAUCAACAAUUAACUCAACUCCAUUCCGAUUUUGAACAUAAAGUUCAUCAAAAAGAAUUAGAGGAAAAUCGUGUUAAAAAAGAAUUAGGUGAAAUAGCAAUGGCACUUAAUUUAGAAGCCCAAAAAGCUCAAAGUGACAUGAGUCAAUUUGUAAAUAUUAUGAGUCGCGAUCGAACUCAAACAAUUAAACAUGAUCUUCACGAACAACAAAAAUUCGAAGAACGACUCAAUCAAACAAGCAUUCAUGUAAAAAACUAUGAUCUUGAAAGACGACGUCUCUCAGCUGAUGCCACACUUCACCGUUCAAUGCUUGAUCUUAAACAACGUGAAGCUCUGCGUCGAAUUGUGGAUACAAAAAAUCGAUUGGAAGUAAUCUAUACUAAGCAACGAGAAUUAAAUCAAAAUGCAGCUAUUGCUGAACAAGAUCGACGUGCAGCUGAAUUGAUGAUGAAAAUGGCGGAUAUUGAAAAUCGUCGAACAAAUUUAAUGAAUCAUUAUUUGCGCGAGAAAACUGAAAAAAGCGAAGAACGCGAAAUUAUCGGAUCAACAAAAGCGAAAGUACGUUAUGCUGAACAUGAAACACAGCUACAUGAAGAUCAUUUGCGACAUUUUCAAAAAACUGUAGUUAAAAAUGAAGAAGUUGAACACGAUUUACGUAAGUCAGUCAAAGAAGCAGAUUUUGAACGACGUAAAAAAGAACAAGAAGUACAACGAUUACAAGAAGAAAUAGUUCGUAAAAAGCGAUUAGAUGCCAUUCGUAUUCGCGAAGAAAUAUCUAAAGCUGAACAUGACGAGCAAGAAUUGGAACAACAAUUUAUUAAAGAAAAAUCUAAAUUAGAUAAACUGCACACACAAUGUGAAGAUAAUUAUUUUCGGUUAUUAAAACAACGAGAACAGAUACGCGAAAACAAGAUGUUAUUACAAAUACAUGAGCGUGAGCAUGAACGUCUUUUACGUGUUAAUGCUCGUUCAAAAUCCUUACAAUCUCUCAAUAAUAUAUAA